AUGGGUACAUUUGCUGGACAUGUGUUCCCUGGGAGCGUUUUCAUCUUUUUUGGUUUAUGGCCCAGAGAAUCAAUUCCAUUAUUUAUCAAUAGAAUAUCAUUUCCAAUUGUGAGAAAAACUUCCAAUAAGCACAACUGCUGUAUAAAAGUUAUACCACUUGAUUCAGUCUUAAAAAUCUUAUGUUGCAUAAUUGUAUUGUGCGAAGAAGUUCAGUUAGGCUUUAAAAAAGACUGGACGAAUGUGGAUCCCCAUAGUGCACAACAUGUCAGUAUGAUCUCUUUAUUUGGAGUAAGUGGCGUUGCUGAAGUAUGCAUACUUUAUGGGGUAUUGAAAAUUCCAGUUCAAUCAGAAUACUUCUUCACUCUUAUGGCACUUCUAGGAGAAUUCUUCCUAUUCAUGUUUCAUUUACACGGGAGAAGUCCAUUGGAUGCUUAUAUUCACUUACUCUUAGCUGGAAUGGUAGCAUUAGGUGUUGUAUUACUACUCUGCGAACUGAUAGCUCCUCAUCAACCAAUUUAUGGCAUAAUGCGCAGUUGGACAUAUCUGAUGCAAGGAACAUGGUUUUGGCAGAUUGCAGCCACAUUAUAUCCAACGUCAUCAUGGAUGCCAAUAUGGAAUCACAGGGCACCAGAAAGCCUAGUAUCAGCAGCUAAUUCAUUCGCCUGCCAUAUGGUGGCUAAUUUCUCCGUUAUCGUUUUAAUCGUUAUAUUGGUCAAUAUACGUCACAGAGUUGGACUCAUCAGUAAUAAAACAGUGAUCAACCGCCUAUCGUUCACAGUAGCAGCGCCAGCAGGAAAUGCAGUGAUAAGAAGAGAGUAUGAACAACAAAAUUAUCAGCUACAGACACUAACAUAUCAGAGUUUUACUCCGUAGAAUGAUGAGGAUGAGGAGUUGAAUUGGUUGAAUUAUCAUCGCGAC